AUGCUGCUUUGGGGGGCUUGGGGCGAGGUGGUUUGUCCCGCUCUACUCUUUGCACUGGUGUGCCUUGCCGACCUGGUUGCUGUGGUGGCACCUCUCGAUUCCGCCAUGAGUGCUGCAGUUAGCGGGGACGCCUCUGCCUCGCACUUGACACCAGAGGACAGUGGUUUUGCAGCAGCAAGUCGUGUCGGCCACAAGAGCCGUGGCCGAUCUGCUAGCGCUGCCCUGCUGGUCGUGUCCAUUCAGGCGGUGCUGCGGGCUUCCCUGUUGGUGACCUUCCGGCUGGCGCAGCGGCGACGCAAUACCCGGGUCUUGCCUUGA